UCGCACCGCACUCAUUCACUUCAGUCUUCUGCCGACUGUCGCGGCGAUAGGACGCGCGCAUUCCGCUACUCGCCUCAGAUGUUAGUGUACGAUUACGACAUCGCGUUGCAACUCGGACUUUUACCGUGACAGUGACACGUACUUUCACGAAUAUGGGUUAAACACCCCUUUUGCAGUGAUGAGUCCGGGCGAGCGCGCCGCCCUAGGGCGCCGCGAACCCGCUCGCCCUCAGUAUGCUACCACCGCACCGGGUUUCCCGCCGCCCUACUAUCCGCCCUAUGGUGUACCGCACCCGAAUGCAUGGCUCGGCGCUCCACUUAUAUCGAUGGCCGGUCGUGCACCACCACAAUCCCGAAACACGCCAGUAUCCAAGUUAGCUAUGCACGCACAAGGAGCACCCCUAAUUAUACAAAACAGACACGACAGACGAAAGUACACCACAGCACCGGAGCAGCGAAAUCAUCGGCCGCUUGCACAAACGGAACACAUCACAAGAGAUCGGUGUGAUGCACCCGAGGGAAACAGGCCGCGUAACCAACAGCAGCAAGCGCGUUCCACGCGAGGCGGACGUAACAACAACACGGAUGCGGUCAGUGUCGCGAGCGAUGAAAGUUCCGGCUCGACCAACUCUGAGACUAUGUUGCCAAGGAUUAUAAAACCGCGGAAACGACGUAAAAAGGAUAGAAAACCUAAUAAUAUUGUGCCGCACGAUUUAUCAGCGACUGCUCUGGAUCUUGGUGAUGUCGACCACUGUGCGGUUUCGGGAUUAAAUUCAUCACAUGGCAUUUAUGAAGAUACGUACUGUCGGGAAAUGUCUUUGCCUUAUCGUUUGGAUGUAAAAGUGUUAGAGUACCCAGAACCAGUACCGGAGACGUAUCGAGUUUCAGCAUUAGGAGAGGCUUUAGAAGCGACCCGAUUUGGCUUAGCGGAGGCAGCUUCACCUGCUGAAUCUGCAGUUAGUUCAUGUCAGUGUCGUCUGUGUGACCCGGUGGGGCAAAUCUGGGAUGCUGAUUCCAUUGCAGAUUUGCUCGAUGAAAAUUCUUGUGGGGAUUUUGCACCUACUAAAUUAGAAGAAUCAAUGAAAGUUGUUGGACCACUGGGAAAAAGAGGAGCAGACACGACGUUGCGACGGAGCUGGAGUGAUCCUUCAUCGAGGGUUCCGGAACGACGAGAGAUUAAUGCCGGCGAAACAUAUUCCGCCCCUAAUCUUUACUCAUUGUUCCCACCAACGAGAAGAGCUAGCUCGCCGGAACCUCGUUCUCCGCUCGCUCUAGACAUAUCCUCUGAGAUCGUCACCUCGAUGAAUGGCCACCGUGACCUGGAAAUAAAGUUGUUUUCGACCUCGCCCCCGGCUACGAACUCCGACCGUCGCUCCUUCUUCGCUGAUAAAAGUGAAAGUGUUGUGAACGGAUGUAUCGCGAGCAAAGAUCAUAAAGUGAAUAGUGUGGUGAAUAAUAACAACAACAGAGUUGAAUCUAGUGUUAAACAAGAUGGCAAAAACAGUGAGGAUGUGUCUGAUACGGGGUGUUCAUCGGCGUUCGUAGCCAGUGAGCCCUCGCGCAACAUUUGUGAUUUAGCCUUAGUUACUGCCUGAGAUACUCGUGUUCGAGUAGCGCUAUGCGAUAUGUUAAGUGGAACUUUAGUGUUGUCGAGCAGUCCAGGUGGCUCUACGCUCGCCAUUUGAGCUGGACUCAAAUUGUCUCAGCGAGGCAUGCACGGAACGUCUCACCAAGGCCCACUAAAAAUUGAGAUCUCCGAAUCGGUUUCCUGUAGAUUCUAUAAUUAAUUUAUUGAUAACAAUAGCGUAGGAAACUGACGGGGGACUUUAUCUGGAUACACGUUGAGGUUUCAAAUUCGCCGUUUAUCAUAAUCAGAGGCAGAGAAGACUUGACGUCUUUAUCAAAGUAGAAAGUUUAUUUCAAAUUGCAGGGAAUGAGUUAUUGAGUUACUAGUUGUGAGUGGGCGUUGAUGUCAAGCGGUUAAUAUAUUAUAGGUGAAUUCGCGUACAGUUAGUGACUGAACGCGGUCAAUAAAAUGUGUCUGUCGAGUAGUUGUGAUCGAAAUAUAAUGAUAGAUGAUAUAUUAUAAAUCAAUUGCAAUUUAGUGAAACGAGCAGCUGCAGCGAUAUUGCAGGCCGGGUGCACCAUAACUCGCCGUGUGCAAUUAGCGUUUCACACUACUGACACGGUUCUCGCGCUGCGGCUGCGCGCUCACUAUUGCGGUUUCCCGCGGUUUUCACCGCGCGCGCCGUUCCGGGUGGCGCCUCGUGCGCGCACACCGGUUCAUUCCGCUAAUGACUUUUUUCAUUAUAAAUAAUCAUUGCUCUCUCCAACUAGUGUUAACUUUUACAGCAGCAUUUAUUUCAAUAUAUUAAAUUUUCCUAAAAACUCACUAAUCAUUUCGAUUGUUAAUCUUAAAACAUUCAAUCCUACUGUUCUUAUCAGUAUUUUUAUUAAACCUUUGAAAAAUGCAAUAAUCACGUUUGGACUAUCAAGCUAGCAUUAGAUAUUAAAGCUAUUAUAAUAUCGUAAGCGACGGGCACGUUUGUCGAGUGCAUCCAUCACGUCCAGGCAUAAAAUUCACGAAAGUAUCAUUAUCAUCGUCAUUGAAGUCAUUAUCGUCUACACUGCUCAUCAUCUUUAUCAUUAUUUGCACUUUACAUCACGUUUCAUCGCCGAGAUCUUUGUUAGUCUUGAAAUUACUAUUAUUUCCUGUAGUUACGUGACUUAAGUUACUAAGUUUGUUAAUAUCUCGUUUCUACGUUCCUAAUAGUUACAUAACAGGUGCGCUGUAGAUAAAAUGCCAUGAUAUAUACUUUUUAUACCAGUUCGUUAUCUCUAUUUGUUAAAACUGUGUACAGAAGGGGCCGUUUUAGAACGAUUUUUUUAGGAGAUAUGAAAAAAACAGACUGCGAUAUUGUCAUUUAGGACGUUUGAAUAAAAACGGCGGUAUAAGAUAAACGGAUUGUUUUUGUUGAGAUAAUGCUUGAGUUACCAAUAAAUAUUUAUUAAAUGAGCUUUCGUAUCAUGGACCACAACAAAGUAAUUGACAAAUUGUUAUUGUCGGUUAUAAGUUGAAAUGCCAUUUUGAUUAUGCCACUUUGAAAGUAUCGUCAAACGCUAAACGGCGAAUUAAAAUCUCAGUUUCCGUACCUGUGUCAGUCUUUUUGUUAAUGUGUGGGUCCAACGGAGUAAGUGAUGCCAGAUAAAGUUCCAUAAUAAUGUAGAUAAUGUGAAUAUAACUAAGUUAUUCAUGGACUGUACUGUUCUUCGCAGUCUUUAUCGUUGGGUUUUACACUCUACGGGCUGUUUCUAUGUUUUACGUUUUUAUUUUUAUGUGUGUUUGCUUAUAUUGCUCGGCGCGUGCGUGGGACGACAUGAUAAAUUGGUUUUUGCUUUACUUUUUUUUAUCUCUACGACAGACUCGGGCGAAGACGAGGAGUUAUUACAUCGCCUUGUCUUCUUUAAAUUCAGUUUUAAUGCGUGUUAGCGCAAACUUAGCCAAUGGGUAAUUUAUCGGUGUCUUCUUUAUUAACUUGUAAGAGACCACUUUGAAGUUGGGCCUCCUUCAUUAAAUUUAAGCUUUUUAUCGAAAAGGAAGGAGGCAAUAGCUUCUCUAUUGCGAGACGAUACGUCUAGUGAUGUUGCUUUGACUAUAAACGAUAUGUAAUCGGAUUAGAUAACCAAUGUUGUUAUUACGUCUCUGAUACUGAAAUGUGUAAUAAUUUUCUCGUCGAUAUCUACGAAUAUUUAUGUAUUAUAAACAAGUUCGCCCAUGAGUCUGUUGUUGUGUUGGGAUUUUUAUGGGGCGUGCCACACGUGGUUGUAAAACUCAACGAUACACCUCACUAUAUUAUAAACAAAAAUAGGCUAUGUCUAACAUACUGAGUGAAUGCAUUUUAUACAUAAAAUCUAGGUUUAAUAUUUGUUUGUGUAUGUUGUGAGGCAUGAGUUCACGCUCGCACACUAUUUUUGUACAAUAAAUUACCAUGUCCUGAUGUAAUA